AAGAGCAAUAUAUAUAGAGAGAGAGUGUGUGCACGGAGCAAGGAGAGGGUUUUUGGUGGCCUCGUCGGAGGAAAGAAGAUUACAUUUUCCAUAGCCGUUAAACCUUCUUGUUGUCUAUUUCACCGACCGUUGAAUCGUUCGAUUUCACCAAACGUUGUUGUUAUCUCAACGGUCUUGUAGCUGUGCACUGAAACAGGGGAAGCGAAGCAAUAACUCUUCAGAUCUGGCCAUUUGAUUGUGGUUCGAGUUUUUAUUGGAAUCGUCACAUGGCUUUAUCGAUGUAGUGAUCUGCUAAUUCCACUCUCUCUCGGUAUUUAACUUCUGAAACAUCGGUGCCGUGUGAUUCAUUAGGGUUCCGUUCGGUGAUUUUGGAGGGUGUUUUGGGAGUUCGGAUCUCGAUUUGUUGAUGAUCCUUAUCGGAUUGAAUAUAUCCGUGGUUCACUCACAAUCAGUUUCUGAGUUUGGCGCUCGACCGAGAGUGAGACGAAAUCUCUCUCCCGUUGCCAUUCUUGGUUGCUGUCUGUGAGGAGAACCGCUUUCCGUUUUCCCCAUUUUCAUGUCUCCUAAUCUUGAAAGCCCUGUUCAGACAGAGAUGGCUGUGGCGAUUUACAAGAAUUCACUCGGCAGUGGGGAGUACUUCGGGACCAAUAAAUCGGAAGGCAAACUGACCGGCAGGAGACGAGUGUUUGUCCAGACCGAGACGGGCUGUGUGUUGGGUAUGGAUUUGGACAGGAGCGAUAACGCGCAUACAGUAAAGAGGAGGCUGCAGAUCGCACUGAAUUUCCCCAUCGAAGAAAGUUCUUUAACUUUCGGUGACAUGGUUCUCAAAAACGAUCUCAGUGCAAUCCGAAACGAUUCGCCUCUCUUGUUAACAAGGAAUGUAUUCCACAGAAGCUCGUCUACUCCAUGCCUGUCACCCACAGGCAGGGACAUGCAGCAGCGAGAUCGGAGCGGGCCCAUCGAGAUUUUAGGACAUUCGACCCGUUUCGCCAAGACAAAACAGCUGGUUAAGGAAAUUGUCAAGGCGGUGAAUCAUGGGAUCGAUCCACUCCCUGUUCACAGUGGGCUCGGUGGGGCGUAUUAUUUCCGAAAUGUAAGAGGUGAAAGUGUAGCUAUAGUGAAACCCACCGACGAAGAGCCGUUUGCUCCCAACAAUCCGAAGGGUUUUGUCGGUAAAGCUCUCGGACAGCCUGGAUUGAAGCGCUCGGUGAGAGUAGGAGAAACGGGCUUCAGAGAAGUGGCUGCUUAUCUUCUUGAUUAUGACCACUUUGCAAAUGUGCCGCCUACCGCUCUUGUGAAGAUUACUCACUCGAUCUUCAAUGUCAACGAUGGUGUGAAUGGAAACAAUCAUCAGAACAAGAAACUCGUUAGCAAGAUUGCAUCUUUACAGAAAUUCAUGGCUCACGAUUUCGAUGCUAGUGACCAUGGCACAUCCAGCUUCCCCGUGUCCGCGGUGCAUCGAAUCGGGAUUUUGGAUAUCAGGAUUCUUAACACGGACCGUCACGCAGGUAAUCUGUUGGUUCGAAAGCUCGAUGGAUUUGGUGAGGUUGAAUUGAUCCCAAUCGAUCAUGGGCUUUGCUUGCCCGAGAGUUUGGAGGAUCCUUAUUUUGAGUGGAUGCAUUGGCCUCAGUCUUCGAUUCCAUUCUCCGAGGAUGAGCUCGAGUAUAUUCGCAAUCUCGACCCUGCUCGUGAUUCAGCUAUGCUGCGGAGCGAGCUGCCCAUGAUUAGAGACGCCUGUUUGCGUGUAUUGGUUCUUUGUACGAUAUUUCUCAAGGAAGCUGCUGCGCGUGGGCUUUGCUUGGCUGAGAUUGGGGAGAUGAUGAGUAGAGAGUUUCGUGCUGGUGAAGAGGAGCCGAGUGAACUCGAAGUUAUAUGCAUCGAGGCAAGAAGACUCACUGCAGAAGAGAUGAUGUCACCGAAAUCCAGAGCGGAUACAGACGACUUGAAUUUCGAUAUCGAUUACGAAGAUGGUGAGUACGAGUUUGCCAACUCCAAGUCGGCUUUCGAAGACUUUGGAUUCGGGAGUUUCAAUCACUUUCACGGGCGGACUCCACUCGCGAAACUGGACGAGAGUGUCGAGGAAGUGGAGACUGAAGGGGAAGAAGAAGAAGAAGAAGAAGAACAGGAAAAGGGUUUAGCUAGUGUGACAGCGCUGCUGAGGAAUCCGACCGUGACAGCCUUGUCUGUGUCCUUGAAGAAUACUAGCUUAGGUGAGAAGAGCAAGAAAUUCCCCAAGUUUUUUGGAGGGAAAGACGAGGGCAGUUACGCAGGGAGUUCGUCCUCUGGGCAUAGGAGUGCGAACGAGCAGUUGCCGGCGAGUGCGAGCUUUGUCAAGGUGGCGGAUAUGAACGAGGAAGAGUGGGGUCUGUUUUUGGACAAGUUUCAGGAUUUGCUUAACCCUGCUUUUGCCGAACGGAAAUCGCUCGUCUUUGGUCAGAAGCAGAGACAGAGGCUGGGGACUUCUUGCAAGUUUUGAGAGUUUGAGGUUUUACGAGAUAUUAUAUAAAGAAAUAAAGAUUUGCUGCAGGGUUGUUGUAGAGUUUCUGUGUUCUUUUUUCCUUUUUCUUCUUCCCUGAAGUGAGAGAAACUGUGAUGUGUAAAUAUUCUUUGAAGCAGAAGCUGGAGUUGGAAGUUUGAGUAGAAUUGCUUGAAUUUUUUUUUUAAUUUUUUUUUUUUAGAAUAUAAAGAUUGUUAGAUAAAUAAUUUGUUGAACCUUUGAGAGAAGUAAUCUGCCUUGUAAAUAUUGGAUCCACUUUCCUCAGUGUGGAGUUUUAUCAGAAUGGCUUUCGUCUU